GAUUUGGCCCGGUGUAUCUGUGAUCAUGGCGGAUGAACGCUGUCGAUUUGUAUAAUGGAAACAGCCUCUGAUUCACGAAAACGACCAUUAGAUAGUGAAUCUGAAUCAGGCAUUUUGAAAAAAUCACUUCAAAGAAUGGAUUGUACCGGAACCGACAAUAUCUACCUCAAAGUAUUGGUGCCUUCCGUAGCAGCAGGUGCCAUUAUUGGCAAGGGUGGAGAAACGAUAACACAGAUACAAAAAGAUACUGGGGCCAAUAUCAAAAUGUCGAAAUCCAACGAUUAUUAUCCAGGCACGACAGAACGAGUCUGCCUAAUCACAGGAUCACCGGACGCCGUUCGUACUGUACAUAACUUCGUUAUGGAAAAGAUUAGAGAUAAACCUGACCAGGGUUCACGUAGUGAAUCAUCUGACGGUAGCCGACACACGGAACGCCACAAACAGGUGAAAAUAUUAGUUCCAAAUAGUACAGCUGGUAUGAUAAUAGGAAAAGCUGGUAAUUAUAUCUCUCAAAUUAAAGAAGACAGUAACGCUUACGUUCAAAUCUCUCAAAAAUCUAAGGAGAUGAAUUUACCUGAGAGAUGUGUAACUGUUGCCGGUGAUUUAUCUCAAGUAAAAAAGGCCGUCGAUUUGAUACUGCAGAAAAUCAUUGAUGAUCCUCAAAGCGGAAGCUGCCCAAACAUAAGUUAUGCCGAUUACAGGGGUCCAGUAGCUUCUGCUAAUCCAACUGGUUCUCCUUAUGCAACUAGUCAUCAAGGCCCGUCGGCUCCCGGUCCUACUCCAUCUCAUGUAUCUCCUUUUCAAAACCUUGGAACUGGCAUAAACAACCUUACAUUAUCAUCUGGAAAUAAUUCUUUAUUCGAUACCAUGAAAACCGCCUUGCGUAACGCCGGAUAUAGUGAAGUAGCUGUUGAAGAGAUUAGUAGCGCUAUGUUGACAUUAUUGAACUAUGGGUUUUUUGGAAUGGCUAUGCAACAACUAAUGACUCACAUUACAACUCUCCAGGCAGGCGGUGUUCCUCCACCGUUAAUGGCACCGAAUCCAGGUCCCCAUAACACAGGAACAAUGCCUGGUAUUAUCGGCCAAGGACCUAAUCCGGCAGCAGCAGCAGCAGUUGCCGCUGCAGCGGCAACAUAUCCUGGAACUGCUCCCAACGCGGCAAAUGCUACUACUGGAGAUGGUCACAGUUUCUUCGGACCUAUGGGCGCCACGACCACUUCGUCCAUGACUUCGGAUACUCCUGCAGAUUAUGUUCAUGAAAGGCCCGCUUAUGGAACUGCCCAAACCGGGGGCACAGUCACACAAGCAGGAGUUUCGGGAGCAGGCGGUGGAGACGCGAUGUUUAUCGGUCAGAAUCAGAAUUCAUUCGGUCUCGGUAUGUCAAUAGCAGGAAACGCGUCCGGAACAGAAGAAGAGGAUAAAAAAGAAUUGGAAGUUGGCGAGCAUAUUGUUGGGGCAAUACUCGGUCCAGGUGGAAGAGGAAUUGUGGACAUCCAACAACAGACUUGCACAAAUAUCCAAAUAUCGAAGAAAGGUGUUUAUGCACCUGGGACUAGAAAUAGAAUUGUUACUAUCACUGGAACGGCGUCAAACGUUCAAAGGGCUCAAACGAUCAUCGAGCAUCGCAUUGGCGUGGAGGAGGAAAAGCGAGCACGAACUAGCCGUUAG